CAACGGUAAUCGCCAAUACACAUACGACAAGCUGAGAGUGCAAGCGAGAGCAAUCGACUAUCUCCAUCUAUGUAUGUGUGUGUGUGAGCGUGAGAAUGAGAGAGAGAGAGAGAGCGCAUGCGCAUCUGCAGUUGACCAAGUUGUUUUAGCAUAGUUAGUCGCCGUUGCGGCGAUAUCAGCGAGUGCGUAAGUGGACCGCGCUUGUCCGCUCGCUUGUUGGGGGCCGAUGGCAUUUUUAUGGCUUAUUGAAAUCGCAACGACGACAGUCAAAAGCGCGCGCACCGCUCGAUACAACACUCCGGCACUCCUCCACUAAGAAAAUGUAACGAAGCCCACAAAUAAAUUAACACCUACGCUACCGUUAAAUGUUAAUUGUUCACCAUUAAAACCAACUCGUCGCGUCAAGUGGGAAUGCGAUAAAAACAAAAAACAAAAAAUCACAGCAAACUCAAUUGCAUGCAUAAUCAAGAAAAACAAAACAAAACAAAAAAUGUCAUAAAUGAAUUAGUCGAUGAAUUAAAUAAUAUAUCAAAACAAAUCACGGCAAAGCCCAAGCAAAUCAAAUGAAUGAAAUCGUGACUAAAUUGUGACCACUUAAUUGCUGUUUGUUAUUAGUUAUUACUUAGUAGUUAUUGUACACAAAUUAUAAAGUGAUCGCGCAUUAAAAAUCGAUCAAAGCGACGAUACAGGCGACGAAUAUCGUGCAAAUAAUUGCCGCCAGCUUAAAAAAAUAAUUGAUUCAAUGUGCGAUUGAAGUAGGCGCCGUCAACCUGCAACCAUCUAACAAUAACAAUAACAACAACAACAACAACUUAACCCACAAAUUUUUUUUUUUCGUUUGUGUUUUCGUUUUUUUCCCCGUUGAUUUGAAUUUGAAUCCCGUGUUGGCGAAUCACGCAAAGCACAAUCAACGUCAACGGCUUUAAUUAUGAGCAAUUAUAAUCCGAAUUGUGGUUACUUCGAGGAUUGCGGCUAUUAUACAAAUAAUGUGUAUCAACAGGAUUAUUGCAUGCAGCCGGAUUACGAAUACAACAAGCACGUCUACGACCUCUUUGAUGCCAAGGUGCCAUCGUCGCAACGCUCCGGCUUUCAUAUAUCCGACAUACUCAAUCUGGAUGGCUCAGAGCUGAAGAGCGCUGCCGCCGCGGCUGCCGCAGCCGCUCACCACACAACGCACAGCCAGCACAGCAGCGAACUGGGCAACGAGUCGAGCAACGGCCAUGGCCAUGGGCAUGGUCCAACGCCCACGGCAUUGUCCCCAACACCCAGCACAGCUUUGCCACCGCCCAACAGCGGCGAUGAACUGGCCACCGCAGCAGCAGCAGCAGCAGCAGCCGCACAUGGUGAUCCGCAUAGCACAGAGCAGACGCAUCAUCAGCAGCAGCAGCAGCAACAUCAAGCGCAGCAUCAGCAGCAGACGCAUCCGCAGGCGCAUCAUCAGCAUCCGCAUUUGCAUCAGCAUCCCCAUACGCAUCCCCAUCCGCAUCAUCAGCAGCCGGUGGCGCCACUGCCGCUGUCGCAUCAUCAAAGCUCGGGCGGCGCUCAGCCGCCGAUGCCACAUGUGGGCGCCCAUGCACAUGCCGCCUCCGCUCAGGCCGCUGCCCAUCUGCUGGCCAGUCACAAUGCAGCGGCCGCCGCUGCUGUUGCCGCCGGACAAUAUCUGCCAAAGAACUUUGCCGGCAGCUUCGAUGAGAUGUCCUCCUAUCAUCACAUGGCCCAAACGAUGCUCUCGCACUCCGGUCGCAGUGCAUGGAUCAAAGAGAACGAGCUCUAUGGCACUCAACAGCCGGCUAGCCCGGACAGCACAUCGCCAGUGACCUCCGAGGUGUCGUACACCUACAUAGGCUCCAAUUGCCAAACGUCGCCCGCACUCUCCGGUGACUACAAGAGCUACAGUCGCUCGGCGGACAGCGAUGCGUUGUCGGUGGGCGAUGCGUUGCACACGUUGCAUGGCGCAGCGGCAGCUGGCGGCACUUCGGCGGCGCAUGCGUUGCACAACAACAACAAUAAUAACAACACCAAUAAUAAUAACAAUAAUAACAACCAUAGCCUGAAGCAUGACACGGGUGCGGGCAGCGGCAGCGCUCACGAUGACAGUCUCAACGAGGAUGGCAUCGAGGAGGACAUCGACGAUGUGGACGAUGCCGAUGGCAGCGGUGGCGGCGGCAUCAAUGCCGAUGGCAUGCCCAACAAGAAGCGCAAGCGUCGCGUUCUCUUCACCAAGGCGCAGACCUACGAGCUGGAGCGUCGCUUUCGCCAGCAGCGUUAUCUGAGCGCACCAGAGCGCGAACACUUGGCCAGCCUGAUACAUCUGACGCCCACCCAGGUGAAGAUCUGGUUCCAGAAUCAUCGCUACAAGACGAAGCGUGCCCAGAACGAGAAGGGCUACGAGCAUCCCGGCCUGUUGCACGGCCAUGCCACGCAUCCGCAUCAUCCGUCGGCGUUGCCAUCGCCGCGUCGCGUCGCCGUCCCUGUGCUGGUGCGCAAUGGGAAGCCGUGUCUGGGCGAUGGCAGCAAAUUGUCGCAGGAUUGCGUGAGCACCGCCACCGCCAUGCAGAAUGCGGCUGCCGCCCAUCAUUUGGUCGCGUUGAACGGUGCCGCGGCGUAUCAACAUGCUGCGGCAGCUGCUGCCGCCGGGUUGCAUGCUCAUGCCCAUGCCCAUGCCCAUCCGCAUGCACAGCGCAGCGCUUGGUGGCCCUAAUAUUGUUAGGUGCCUGGAUUCGAGUUGGCUGCGUGGCGUGGACUGGAAAUGGAACUGAAACUGAAACUGGGCGUGACUGGUAACUCGAAUACUGGACAAUAAGUAUGUGUGUGUGCGUGUGUGUGGAUUGGAUAAGCGGGGCAACAAAAAUUGGUGCAAUAAUUAAUAACAAAAGAUGUCCCCCCGCUCUCUCUCUCUCUCCUUCUCUCCACUCCCGCUCUCUCUCUCUCUCUUUAGAGCAGCUUGUGGCAAGGCCAGGCCAGAGAGAGAGAAAGUUGCAAAACGAAAGGUCGACGAACUCUUGGCUAAGCUAAAAACAAAUUACAACAAAAAAAUGAAAUCAAAACAACCAAAAAAAAUGUAAAUGCAUGUGCAACAAAUUUGGCAUCGCAACAAAUAUCAUUCAACAAACAAACAAAACAGACAACAACAUUUUUUUUUCCUGCGGCUCAAAAGUCGCAGGCCAUUUAAUUAUAAGAACUUUUAAUUUUU